AUGAUGGUGUGUACGAUGGUGUGGAUGAUGGUGUGUACGAUGGUGUCGAUGAUGGUGUGUACGAUGGUUUGUACGAUGGUGUGGAUGAUGGUGUGGAUGAUGGUGUGUACGAUGGUGUGGAUGAUGGUGUGGAUGAUGGUGUGGAUGAUGGUGUGUACGAUGGUGUGGACGAUGGUGUGGAUGAUGGUGUGGACGAUGGUGUGGAUGAUGGUGUAUGGUGUGGACGAUGGUGUGUACGAUGGUGUGGAUGAUGGUGUGGAUGAUGGUGUGUACGAUGGUGUGGAUGAUGGUGUGUACGAUGGUGUGUACGAUGGUGUGGAUGAUGGUGUGGAUGAUGGUGUGUACGAUGGUGUGGAUGAUGGUGUGGAUGAUGGUGUGGACGAUGGUGUGGAUGAUGGUGUGUACGAUGGUGUGGAUGAUGGUGUGGAUGAUGGUGUGAAUGAUGGUGUGGACGAUGGUGUGGAUGAUGGUGUGGAUGAUGGUGUGGAUGAUGGUGUGUACGAUGGUGUGGAUGAUGGUGUGUACGAUGGUGUGUACGAUGGUGUGGAUGAUGGUAUGGACGAUGGUGUGGACGAUGGUGUGGACGAUGGUGUGGAUGAUGGUGUGUACGAUGGUGUGGAUGAUGGUGUGUACGAUGGUGUGGAUGAUGGUGUGUACGAUGGUGUGGAUGAUGGUGUGUACGAUGGUGUGGAUGAUGGUGUGGAUGAUGGUGUGGAUGAUGGUGUGUACGAUGGUGUGGAUGAUGGUGUGGAUGAUGGUGUGGAUGAUGGUGUGGAUGAUGGUGUGGAUGAUGGUGUGGAUGAUGGUGUGUACGAUGGUGUGGAUGAUGGUGUGGAUGAUGGUGUGGAUGAUGGUGUGUACGAUGGUGUGGACGAUGGUGUGUACGAUGAUGUGUACGAUGAUGUGUACGAUGGUGUGGAUGAUGGUGUGGAUGAUGGUGUGGAUGAUGGUGUGGAUGAUGGUGUGUACGAUGGUGUGGAUGAUGGUGUGGAUGAUGGUGUGGAUGAUGGUGUGGAUGAUGGUGUGUACGAUGGUGUGGAUGAUGGUGUGUACGAUGGUGUGUACGAUGGUGUGGAUGAUGGUGUGAAUGAUGGUGUGGAUGAUGGUGUGGAUGAUGGUGUGUACGAUGGUGUGGAUGAUGGUGUGUACGAUGGUGUCGAUGAUGGUGUGUACGAUGGUUUGUACGAUGGUGUGGAUGAUGGUGUGGAUGAUGGUGUGUACGAUGGUGUGGAUGAUGGUGUGGAUGAUGGUGUGUACGAUGGUGUGUACGAUGGUGUGUACGAUGGUGUGGACGAUGGUGUGGAUGAUGGUGUGGAUGAUGGUGUGGAUGAUGGUGUGUACGAUGGUGUGGAUGAUGGUGUGGAUGAUGGUGUGGAUGAUGGUGUGGAUGAUGGUGUGUACGAUGGUGUGGAUGAUGGUGUGUACGAUGGUGUGUACGAUGGUGUGUACGAUGGUGUGUACGAUGGUGUGUACGAUGGUGUGGAUGAUGGUGUGGAUGAUGGUGUGGAUGAUGGUGUGGAUGAUGGUGUGUACGAUGGUGUGGAUGAUGGUGUGGAUGAUGGUGUGUACGAUGGUGUGGAUGAUGGUGUGUACGAUGGUGUGUACGAUGGUGUGGAUGAUGGUGUGAAUGAUGGUGUGGAUGAUGGUGUGGAUGAUGGUGUGUACGAUGGUGUGGAUGAUGGUGUGUACGAUGGUGUCGAUGAUGGUGUGUACGAUGGUUUGUACGAUGGUGUGGAUGAUGGUGUGGAUGAUGGUGUGUACGAUGGUGUGGAUGAUGGUGUGUACGAUGGUGUGGAUGAUGGUGUGGAUGAUGGUGUGUACGAUGGUGUGGAUGAUGGUGUGUACGAUGGUGUGUACGAUGGUGUGUACGAUGGUGUGUACGAUGGUGUGUACGAUGGUGUGGAUGAUGGUGUGGAUGAUGGUGUGGAUGAUGGUGUGGAUGAUGGUGUGGAUGAUGGUGUGUACGAUGGUGUGGAUGAUGGUGUGGAUGAUGGUGUGUACGAUGGUGUGGAUGAUGGUGUGUACGAUGGUGUGUACGAUGGUGUGGAUGAUGGUGUGAAUGAUGGUGUGGAUGAUGGUGUGGAUGAUGGUGUGUACGAUGGUGUGGAUGAUGGUGUGUACGAUGGUGUCGAUGAUGGUGUGUACGAUGGUUUGUACGAUGGUGUGGAUGAUGGUGUGGAUGAUGGUGUGUACGAUGGUGUGGAUGAUGGUGUGGAUGAUGGUGUGGAUGAUGGUGUGGAUGAUGGUGUGGAUGAUGGUGUGUACGAUGGUGUGGAUGAUGGUGUGGAUGAUGGUGUGUAUGAUGGUGUGGACGAUGGUGUGUACGAUGGUGUGUACGAUGGUGUGUACGAUGGUGUGGAUGAUGGUGUGGAUGAUGGUGUGGAUGAUGGUGUGGAUGAUGGUGUGUACGAUGGUGUGGAUGAUGGUGUGGAUGAUGGUGUGGAUGAUGGUGUGUACGAUGGUGUGGAUGAUGGUGUGUACGAUGGUGUGUACGAUGGUGUGGAUGAUGGUGUGAAUGAUGGUGUGGAUGAUGGUGUGGAUGAUGGUGUGGAUGAUGGUGUGUACGAUGGUGUGGAUGAUGGUGUGUACGAUGGUGUCGAUGAUGGUGUGUACGAUGGUUUGUACGAUGGUGUGGAUGAUGGUGUGGAUGAUGGUGUGUACGAUGGUGUGGAUGAUGGUGUGGAUGAUGGUGUGGAUGAUGGUGUGUACGAUGGUGUGUACGAUGGUGUGUACGAUGGUGUGGACGAUGGUGUGGAUGAUGGUGUGGAUGAUGGUGUGGAUGAUGGUGUGUACGAUGGUGUGGAUGAUGGUGUGGAUGAUGGUGUGGAUGAUGGUGUGGAUGAUGGUGUGUACAAUGGUGUGUACGAUGGUGUGUACGAUGGUGUGUACGAUGGUGUGUACGAUGGUGUGUACGAUGGUGUGGAUGAUGGUGUGGAUGAUGGUGUGGAUGAUGGUGUGGAUGAUGGUGUGGAUGAUGGUGUGUACGAUGGUGUGGAUGAUGGUGUGUACGAUGGUGUGUACGAUGGUGUGGAUGAUGGUGUGAAUGAUGGUGUGGAUGAUGGUGUGGAUGAUGGUGUGUACGAUGGUGUGGAUGAUGGUGUGUACGAUGGUGUCGAUGAUGGUGUGUACGAUGGUUUGUACGAUGGUGUGGAUGAUGGUGUGGAUGAUGGUGUGUACGAUGGUGUGAAUGAUGGUGUGGAUGAUGGUGUGGAUGAUGGUGUGUACGAUGGUGUGGACGAUGGUGUGGAUGAUGGUGUGGACGAUGGUGUGGAUGAUGGUGUGUACGAUGGUGUGGAUUAUGGUGUGGAUGAUGGUGUGUACGAUGGUGUGGAUGAUGGUGUGGAAGAUGGUGUGGACGAUGGUGUGUACGAUGGUGUGGAUGAUGGUGUGGAUGAUGGUGUGUACGAUGGUGUGGAUGAUGGUGUGUACGAUGGUGUGUACGAUGGUGUGGAUGAUGGUGUGGAUGAUGGUGUGGAUGAUGGUGUGGUCGAUGGUGUGGAUGAUGGUGUGGAUGAUGGUGUGGACGAUGGUGUGGAUGAUGGUGUGUACGAUGGUGUGGAUUAUGGUGUGGAUGAUGGUGUGUACGAUGGUGUGAAUGAUGGUGUGGACGAUGGUGUGGAUGAUGGUGUGGAUGAUGGUGUGGAUGAUGGUGUGUACGAUGGUGUGGAUGAUGGUGUGUACGAUGGUGUGUACGAUGGUGUGGAUGAUGGUGUGGACGAUGGUGUGGACGAUGGUGUGGAUGAUGGUGUGUACGAUGGUGUGGAUGAUGGUGUGUACGAUGGUGUGGAUGAUGGUGUGUACGAUGGUGUGGAUGAUGGUGUGUACGAUGGUGUGGAUGAUGGUGUGUACGAUGGUGUGUACGAUUGUGUGGACGAUGGUGUGGACGAUGGUGUGGAUGAUGGUGUGGACGAUGGUGUGGAUGAUGGUGUGUACGAUGGUGUUGACGAUGGUAUCGAGGACCUCCAGAUGAAGCUGCAUCACGCCGAGGCCGACCGCGAGCAGCUGCGCUCAGACCUGCUCCAGGAGCGAGAGGCGCGAGAACAUCUGGAGCGAGUGGUCAAGGAGCUGCAGCAACAGCUCUGUAAGGAGGAGCCGCCUGAGGACCUGCUAUGUCCCUACGCUCUGCAGAAGUCUCUCCAAGAGGCGCACGUCCCACAGAUGUUUUUGAAACGACUUCUUCUCCACGUUCUUCACUGUGACCACGGCGUACACGGAGCUCUACGUCCGGAGCUCUACGUCCGGAGCUCUACGUCCGGAGCUCUACGUCCGGAGCUCUACGUCCGGAGCUCUACGUCCGGAGCCCACCAGGCGAGCAGACUGAACCAAGGCCCUGGUCUGGUCUCGACAGCACUUGAAUCCGGUCGAGUCCACUCCACUCUGGCCCCGCUCAGGCCCUCACCCCCUUCUUUGAGUUAUAAAUGA